AUGGAAGUGGUUUUAUUGUUAGUGGUGUAUAUUGCAUAUGUAUACAAUGCAGGUGGUUUAGUAGGCUACAUUCUUCUAAGUGUUAGCAGUUGGUUUAUGGCCAUUUCAUGGCGUUUUGCUCCUUAUUUGUUCAAUCCAUCCGGUUUCAAGUGGCAAAAGACGGUAGAGGACUUAGAGACCGGACAAAUUAGCUCUUCUUUAGAGGUGGAAUUAGUGUUAAAGGAGAAGAAAGUUGGGAAGCUUGUCUCAUAUUCGAAGAAGGGUUAUGGAGACGAUUUUGAGCCUACGAGUGUUGAAGAAGCAACGUGUGAAAGGGCGUAUGAGUUGGCUACUGAUCUCUAUGUGUCGAUCUUUGAUCGUACAAAGGCCACCUGA